UUUAUUGACUCUUCAGACCAGGAAGAGUUGACACGAGACAGUGCUGUUGUUUCAGUACCUGACCCCAUGUCUGCGAGUGAGACUGAAGCAACCCCUCCUAACAUGAAUCAUUUAGAAGCUAUGGAGCUGGAGCUCACCUGCCCCAUCUGCUUGCAGCUCUUCUCUGUGCCGGUUUCUCUUCCCUGUGGUCAUGUCUACUGCUUUGCCUGCCUCCAGACCAUGGGAGAAGGCCUUGACCAACACAGCUGCCCUGAGUGCCAGUCAGCGUAUCAGGGAACCACAGCCCUCGUGAAAAGCUUCAAAAUGCGCAGCAUGGUGGAGACCUACAAAGCCACUGCUGUGAAAAUUGGCUCCACUGCCACUUCUAACGUUGGCCAGGUAGCAGUCAGGAGUCAGGAAAACUCAGACACGGACAAAUCAAACACAAAAUACCACCAGGACUCCACAACAGCCGGGGGGAGCCAUGAUGGCAAGGGGCAUGAUGGCUUUCAAAUCGGGUCUGGAUCCACAGGGUGUCCUCUUCCUGUGGACCAAGAACAAAGCAGUGAAAAAGCCAAAAUGGAAAUGGAUGAACCUAAAUUCAGACUGGCAACCCAGGUCACAGAGUUGAACCUGAAGUUGGAGAUGGCAGAGGGUGUUUUGAAGAAAGAGAAGGAAUGGGAGUUAGAAGUGGCCACUGCUAAUGCUCACCUGAGGGAGAGAACAUCCAAGCUGUUAGAGAAGAUAACGGAUUUGUCCCAGGGCUAUGUGGCAGAGGUGACGCAGAUCAUUGAGGAGGAGCUGGGUCCAGAUGAGGCCACGAUAGUUGGUCGAGUCAGUCAAGCCUCUGAGCUGACUAAGCAGCUGAGGCGGGCGAUGCUCAGGGCUGAGUCCCUGUUGACUGAAGGAGAUGAGUCUGCAUUCAAUGACGAGCUCCAAAGCCUCCAACCGCACAUUGUGGAGUUAAUGGCCAGACCAGUGGAUGAAGAGAAAGACUGUGUGCAGACAAAAGUCAACCCUGCCCGAGUCUGUCCCAAGCUGGAGAACAUGAACGCUGAGCUGCGGGAAAGACUUGGAGAGCUUCAUUGCUCUCUUCGCAGCACCCUCAACCCUUCAGAGGUGACCUUUGACCAGGACACGGCCCAUCCCAACCUCGUUCUCUCAGAGGACUUGAAGACGGUCACUUUCAGCGCUACAAAACAGCCCUACCCCUCCUCCCCUCAGAGGUUCAACAGCUUCUAUCAGGUCCUCAGCACUCAGAGUUUCUCUGAAGGUGACCACAGCUGGGAGGUGGAGCUUGAAGGCUCCCCAUGGAUCAUCGGUGUGUGCUACAGUGGGAAGCUGGCACGCACCGGGCUGCCGUCUGCCCUGGAAAGCAGCCGGAGCUCCUGGUGUCUGAUGUGGUUCAACAACCUGCUGACGGCCUUUGAGCAGGGUCACGACGUGCCGCUGAAGAAGACCUCAGUGUCAAGCAAGCUGGAGAUCAAGCUGAGCUUCAAGACCCAUACGCUGAGCUUCUACAACAUCAGCGCCAUCAGUGGGAAGACUCAUGUGUACACGUUUAAGGCCAACCUGACCGAGCCUGUACACAUGGCUUACAGGAUGAUGUCAGGGCACCCAAAAGCACGUGUCACUGUUUAUUCUUAAUACAUUUCUAUUACCUAUGUGGUUUACUUCUUAGCAAAUGUUCUGCAUUGAAGAACAAUGUAAUAAUAUUUAAAAAUUAAAUCUGAGACUUGAAAUGUACGAUGACAGAAUGUUUGAUACUUUAGAACUCUUUCCUCGUUCCUCAGAUAACUUGUUUCAAAUAAUUUAUAAAUUCUGAUGGAACCCCUGUUUAUAAGAUCGGUUUUGUUUUGUGUGAUUAUGAAAUACAGUGCUUUAAAUGA